UGAUUUUGCAUUUCCAGGGAGGAGAACUGUUUUGUUUACUAACAGUUCUCCUCCCUGUCAGCUCAGGCACACUGCUUUGGAUGGCACAGCCAUGCAAAGCAGUGUGCUUACAGUGAAGCACAUGGACACAGCCCCCUAGUAAAACACUCUCAGCACACAAUUAACCCUUUGAUCGCCCCACAUGUUAACCCCUUCUUGCCCAGUCCCAUUAGUACAGUGUCAGUGCUUUUUUUUUAGCACUGAUCACUGUUUUGGUGUCACUGGGGAUGUCAGUGACACCAAGUCAUUUCCCCCCAGUGUCAGAAUACCCGCCACAGUCCCACUGUAAGUUGCUGAUCACCGCCAUUACUAGUAAAAA